AUGUCUGGACGCGGAAAGCAGGGAGGCAAAGCUCGCGCCAAGGCCAAGUCGCGCUCGUCCCGCGCUGGCCUCCAGUUCCCAGUGGGCCGGGUGCACCGCUUGUUGCGCAAAGGCAACUACGCCGAGCGGGUGGGGGCCGGCGCGCCCGUGUACAUGGCGGCUGUGCUCGAGUACCUGACCGCGGAGAUCCUGGAGCUGGCGGCCGUGAGAAAUGACGAAGAGCUCAACAAGUUACUCGGGGGUGUCACCAUUGCACAGGGUGGCGUCUUGCCCAAUAUCCAGGCUGUCUUGUUACCCAAAAAAACGGAGAGUCAUAAGCCUGGCAAGAACAAGUGAUUAGGAGGCUUGACGCCAUCCCCAUUAACCCCAAAGGCUCUUUUAAGAGCCACCGAAAUGUUGAAUUAAGGGCUGCUCACGAAACAGCGCGUUAGCUCUUUCUUUUGAGAACUUGGGCGGCUCUAAAAAGAGCCUUUGGUCUUUGGUUUAGUCUGUCAGGAUUUAUUUGCUUUUAGCUUUGUGGCUUUCGGUUUUCUUUGGCAACAAAACGGCUUGGAUGUUAGGCAACACACCACCCUGGGCGAUGGUCACCUUGCCCAGCAACUUG